AGAUGGGUUACAAAGUUGGUUGACAAAAUAACAAUAAUUUCAAAAACAUAUUUUUAAAUCAUUUCAAGUCAAUAGCGGGAAUUUUGCCAUCACACUUUGUAAUCCAACUUUUGUAACCCAACUUUGUAUAAGUAGUUUUAUUGUAAUUCUUAUUAGAGUGUUUUUUUUUUUAACCAUAUAAUGAAGAGAAAAGAAACGAUUUUGCAAUUUUUUUCAAUAAAAUUGUAAAUUGAGGGAAAUAAAUUUCUCCCCAACAGUACUGAUGUUGAUUGACAUGGUUUUAGUGCGUUUUAACGUGCUUGUCUGCAUAGAAUUUUUUAGCUACUGCAUGUUAAAUUUGGUUAGUUUGUUGAAUCUCGUGUAAUUUGCUUUAAGUGAAAAGAUGCUAAGAUUCAAAUGGGCCUGCGUGGAACAAAAUAGAAAAUCUGAAUUAGAUUGGAAAUUCUAGUUUCAUAGGCUGAUGAUGUGCACAAUUUUAUUUAUGUGUUCUCCUUUUUGUCCUAGAAUGAGGUCACUAUUGUGCUUAAUAGUUAAUACCACCUUGUUUGAUCUUUUUCUGGUAUUGAAUGAAGCUUUAAGUUGCCAUUUUCUUUUGCAGUUUUCCUGAAUAAAUCUUAUAAAGCCAAACAUUUUUUUCUGAUGGCUAAUUGAAUCCGCUUUGAACUGAAAAUUAGUGAUAAUAUAUUUCUUUCAUUUGUAGUCAGUGAGUCCAGCGAUGGAUCGAGUCUCAUGGGAAGUUCAACAGAGUACAGUUCUGGAGACGAAACUGACAUGAGUGAUUCUGAAAUUGAGUAUGAGGAGAAAAUAUAUGAAGAACUGAAGAAUGGUAAUCACCUGUAUAAAGUAUCUGAUGACGCUUUCAGUUGCCCCUUCUUUCCAAAUAAAAGGAAGCGAGAUUUCCUGUAUAAGGAACUCCAGCAGCAUGCACUUGGUGUUGGCAAGUGCAAUUCACAGAAGCGAACCAGGAAAGACAAAGCAAAUCAUCUUGCAUUGGCAAAAUACUUGGAAAAUGAUGUAGCCAUUGACGCUGAUCCUUUACAGCAAGCUACUAUGGUCGAUCCGCUUGCAGACCAUGAUCAUAACGAGAUAUUUGUCUGGCGUUGGAUUGGAAUUAUUGUUAACAUUCCUACUGAAUUUAAGGAUGGUCGUUAAGUUGUGGAGAGUGGUACUAAACUGAGGGAUCAAUUGAUCAAGAGAGGAUUUAAUCCUACUAGAGUGCGACCUCUCUGGAAUUACCAUGGACAUUCAGGAACUGCUCUUGUAGAUCAAAAGGAAUGGUUUGGGUUCAAUAAUGCCAUGUCUUUUGAGAAGGCUUACGAGGCUAAUCAGCAUGGAAAGAGAAGUUGGCAGGCAAAAAAUGACUUGAAAUCUGAUCUGUAUGGGUGGGUUGCUCGUGCAGAUUACUACAAUUCUGAUGCUAUUUUUGGAGAAAAUCUACGUAAGAUUGGAGACCUCCGAACUAUUUCUGAUAUCAUGGAAGACGAAGCUCGGAAAACACAAGCUUGUUGGUUGUUGGCAAUUUAACAAACGUCAUCGAGUCAAAGAAAAUGCACUUGCUAGAGAUGGAGAAUAAAUUUAUGGAGACAAACAACUCUCUUAGCCAGUUGAUGAUGGAGAAGGAUCAGCUUCUUCAAGAGUAUAAUGAUGGUGUAUCUUCUCUGCAAUACGGCAUUGAGCUAAUUAAAUCUUACUAGUUUUUUAUACUGAUAUGUUUGUUUGUAUUGAUCGGAG